AUGAACGCAGUACUGCAGUGCUUACAUGCCAUGCUGCCUUUGGUCACAUAUCUCCUCCGAGGGGAGCAUGAAGUUAACGAGAAGAACCCCCUGGGGUCUGGCGGCGAUAUUUCCAGUUGCGUAGCGAAGCUACUUUCGGACAUGCGCCUUUCCUCGUCCGCUGGGCCUAUCGUGCCAAGGGAGCUCAAGAGGGCUAUCAACAGACAUAUGCCGGCUUUUAGGGGCACGGGAGUUCAGCACGAUGCUGCAGAGUUCGCCACGGCGCUUCUGGACAAGCUCCAUGAGGACCUCAACCGCGCGUCGCCGCCUAGUGAGCCGCCUUCUACGCCGGAGUGCACACUGGAGAUGAGUGAGGAGAAGGGAAUAGAACGGAUCGCGGCUGAGUUUUGGAAGGCUCAGCUGGCUAGGAAUCAGUCGAUUGUGGUGGACUUGUUCCAAGGGCAGACGCGGUCAGUGUUCAAGUGUAGCUCCUGUGGUCACUCGAGAGUCGUCUUCGAGGCGUUCAAUUCGUUGAUACUACCGAUCGAGAGCGCUGCAGGGAAGCCCCUAUCUGAUAUCUAUGCCUGCUUGAGGGAGUUCGCUCGCCCUACUGAUUUGUCGGGGGACAACGGAUGGUACUGUGUGAAAUGCAGCACGUUGUCGGAGUCGACUUGCGACACUGCACUGUGGAAGCUCCCUAGCGUCCUUAUGAUACAACUGCGUCGCUUUAGGCAGCUGAGUCCGAUACGGUGGAGUAAGAGUAGUCACCAUGUGCACUAUCCUACGCGAAGUCAGCUAGACCUGAGUGAAUUCGUGCCAGAGUCCCAUCAGAGGGACGCCCCACGGUAUCGCCUACUAGGAGUGGUCCGCCAUAAAGGAGUCAUGACGGGAGGUCACUAUACUGCCUUUGUUAAUCAUGAUAAGACCCUGUGGGACCUCAAGGGACGGGAGAAGCCCGCGGAUCGGUCCGCCCAGACCCCUCGAAGGGCCCCUGAGCACAUGGGGUCAGGCCAUCACACAGUUGCUGCUAGUCCACUCUCGCGAGCUGUGUUGAAUCUGAUCCCUGGCUCUCCUAAUGGUUGGUGGUUUUUCGAUGACGCCACAGUGCAGCCCUUGCUGAAAGAGUCCCUUGUGGAUUCCCGUGAUGCUUACGUUCUUUUCUUCGUCCGCUCGGGGACUCCGGUUGACCACAAGCUGGUUCGAAGUCAGAGGGAUAAUCAACCGACUGAUUGGCCCCACAUGUUCGAGAGGGUCGACCCCAGCGCUGACAGAUUCGACGAUGCUUCCCCUCCUCAUGAUAGCAGUAGUGACUGA